UGCAUCUACCACUGUAAAACGAUAGAGCGUUGUUUGCAUUGCAGCUGCAACCGAUGCGAUCCACAGGCGUAGCCCUCGCGUUCCUCGCGGUACGCUCCAGGCUUACAUGGCUCGGUCCACGUCAGGGUAUAUACGGAGCUCUUCGUGCAACAGACACGACACGAAGACACAUUUUGGUCCUAGACCCGGCGUCCCCUGCAUACCAGGGGAUUGAGACAGCUGGAUACCAGGUGACCGCCGCGCAUGGUUUAAGCGAUCCCGAGCUUGAGCAAGUCCUCCCAGCGUAUGACGCGGUCGUGGUUCGUUCGGCCAAUCAAAUCACUCGCAACAUGCUAGUCGCGAGUCCCCGGGUGGCGAUAGUAGGGCGUGCGGGGUCUGGGGUGGACAAUAUCGACCUGAAGGCGGCCUCCGAGCUCGGGGUACCUGUUGUGAAUGCUCCCACGGGAAACUCAGGGUCUGUUGCAGAGUUGGUAAUGGGCUUGAUGCUCGGCGUGUCACGGAGCAUUUCGCCAGCGCACGACACCACAAGACGCGGGGAAUGGGCUAAGAGCAAUUUCACUGGCCGCACACUCAGCGGAAAGACACUGGGAAUUGUAGGCUUCGGUUCUGUGGGCAUAGCGCUGGCAAGACUGGCCGUGGCUUUCGGCAUGGUGGUAAUGAUAGCAGAAGGGUCGAGUCCGACGCCUUGCUCGGGGAGAGCUGAGGAAAUCGACCCACGCGCAUCCGAGAGGGAGGGUAUGGCAAGCCAAGCAGGGGUAACGUUGCCUCCUCUGCCGCUCGACGAACUCUUGUCGAAGAGCGACUUUUUUUCUGUGCACUGCCCGCUGACGGCGGACACGAAGGGCCUGAUUUCUAGACGCGAACUGGCCCUGAUGAAGCCAUCUGCCGUGGUUAUCAAUGCGGCGAGAGGAGGAGUGGUGGACGAAUUAGCGCUACUCCAGAGCCUGGAGCAGGGGCAUUUGGGAGGCGCAGCCCUUGAUGUAUUCGAGUGUGAGAGGUCCCCUCUUCAGGAUCAUAUCGUCAAUCUGUGCAGACUGCCGAAUGUGCUGUGCACUCCGCAUAUCGGAGGCUCCACGGAGGAAGCCGGAGAACGCGUUUUGGCUGAAGUAUGCGGUGCUGUAGUCGAUUUCUUCCAAGGAACUCUGCCGGCAUCGAAAAUUGUCAACGGGGCCCCCGACAUGACUGUGCGCUUAAAAAGGCUUGGCAGCUCAUCGUAGCACGCGACAGUCACUACGUAUUCGUAAAAAGAAUGGAUUCUGCGCCAGCGCUUGUAUGCCGAGAUUGUGGGGAAAGGGUGGGUGUUCGUCCGAAGCCUUCAUGGCAUAUUCGAUCUGUUGGUUUGGUCUGGCCACGAAGCCUACCUCUAUGAUGUUCUAAACACGAAGUUUCUUGCCUUUGUGCCUAUUUGUGCUGCCCGGUGUUGCUGAUUUUCUUACACCCCCGGUUGCUCAUGUCCUCUGCUUCCGUCACGUACUCACUGUAUUAAGACUGUUUGUGUAUGCCUCUGAUCGUUGAUUCACACCCGAGUUUUCCGUGUCAUCGUGCGACGUGGUCGCGUGCGCGUGCGGUUGCGUAUGUGUGUGGUGUGCCCUGGCCCAGACAAACCCAGUUGGGGAGAGGUGCCUAAGCACACGCACCCCCAAAGACAAGAAAACGCAAAACAGUAGCAGGGGGUAGGGGGAGGGGUACGCAAAGGUGGUGAG